GUGGGGGCGCCCCGGCCCGGCAUCCCCAGGGCUCUUAGGGACCUGCGAGCGCGCCGGGCCGGGAGGACCCCAGGAAAACGGUGGAGGCCGGCGCAGGGGAUGAGCGGGAGGGGGAGGGGCCGAGCCGCCCGCCGCCGUCCCGCGGGCCGCAGGAAAGUGAAAGGGGCGGCGGGGCUGGCGGGGCUGGCGGGGCUGGCGGGCCUCGCGCGCCGCCCCAGGAAGUCGCGAGCAGGAAGCGCCCGCGGCGGCCGGCCCGGCGGUGGUGCGCGGGCCUGGGCGGCGCAGAGAACUGAAUCUCUGCCGGAUGGAAGAGGGGAAGAGGGGAAACGAGACCAAACUGGACUUCUCUAUGCACUUUCCAGCCUGUGUGAGCUGCAGGAGCAAGAGGGAGAGACUUGGAGCCAGAUUUGUAACCUCUUUAUGAAGCAUCCUAUUUCGUGACAGAAGCUCCGUGGUCAGUGUGACGUAAAUGGCUCGACUCCCCGUCGGCAUUCGCUUCAUUGUCUCAUUCUCCCGAGACCAGUGGUACCGAGCCUUCAUUUUUAUUUUGACAUUUUUGCUGUAUGCAAGUUUCCACUUAUCUCGAAAGCCUAUCAGCAUAGUUAAGGGUGAGCUCCACAGGUACUGUGCUGCUGUGAAUGAGGGCGAAGUCGAAUUCAACAGCCAGAACCAGAAAGCCGGUGAUGUCCCCCCUCACCAGCGCCCAGACAACGAGACUGACUGCGGCUGGGCCCCGUUUGAUCGGGACAACUACCAGCAGCUGCUCGGGGCCCUGGAUUACUCCUUCCUCUGCGCCUACGCCAUCGGCAUGUACCUGAGUGGCAUAAUAGGGGAGCGCCUGCCUAUUAGGUAUUACCUAACCUUCGGGAUGCUGGCCAGUGGCGCCUUUACUGCCCUGUUUGGAUUGGGGUAUUUCUACAACAUCCACAGCUUUGGAUUCUACGUCGUAACUCAGAUCGUCAACGGACUGGUGCAGACCACCGGCUGGCCCAGCGUCGUCACUUGCCUCAGCAACUGGUUUGGAAAAGGAAGGCGAGGUUUGAUCAUGGGGGUCUGGAAUUCCCACACGUCCGUGGGCAACAUUUUGGGGUCCUUGAUUGCUGGCUACUGGGUGUCCACGUGCUGGGGCCUGUCCUUCAUCGUGCCUGGGGCCAUCGUGGCAGCCAUGGGGAUAGUGUGCUUUCUCUUUCUCAUCGAACAUCCGAGGGACAUCGCCUGCUCUUCCACCUUGACAGCGCAUUCGAAGGGCUAUGAGAAUGGCAUGCACAGACUCAGGCUGCAGAAGCACGUCUUAAUGGAGAAGAACAAGCCUCUGGACCCAGAGAUGCAGUGCUUGCUGCUGUCAGAUGGGAAGCAUUCUGCCCACCAGAACCACACCAUCGUUCUCCCGGCCGACGGCGGGAGCGGUGUGGCGGCCAUCAGCUUCACAGGGGCCCUGAAAAUCCCCGGUGUGAUCGAGUUCUCGCUGUGUCUGCUCUUUGCGAAGUUGGUCAGCUACACUUUCCUCUUUUGGCUGCCGCUGUACAUCACCAACGUGGAUCACCUUGAUGCCCAAAAAGCCGGCGAGCUCUCCACCUUGUUUGAUGUGGGUGGAAUCUUCGGUGGGAUCCUGGCAGGUGUGAUCUCGGAUCGACUGGAGAAGAGGGCCUCCACCUGCGGCCUGAUGCUGCUGCUCGCAGCCCCAACGCUGUACAUAUUCUCCACCAUCAGCAAAAUGGGUCUAGAAGCCACCAUCGCCAUGCUGCUGCUCAGCGGGGCCCUGGUCAGUGGGCCAUACGCACUGAUCACGACCGCCGUCUCUGCCGACCUGGGCACCCACAAAAGCCUGAAAGGAAACUCCCACGCCCUCGCCACUGUGACGGCCAUCAUCGACGGCACCGGCUCUGUAGGAGCAGCCCUGGGCCCCCUGCUGGCCGGGCUCCUCUCCCCGUCGGGAUGGAACAACGUGUUCUACAUGUUGAUGUUUGCGGACGCCUGUGCCUUACUGUUCCUGAUCCGCCUCAUACACAAGGAGCUGAGCUGCCCGCGGUCUGCAAUGGGGAACCAAGUUCCGUUUAAGGAACAGUGAGCUCUCGAGUCCCGUGGAGGGAGGCUGGGCCCGUCCUCCACAUACUGUUCUUCAAGGAAAAGUUCAAAUAAAGGACCCUGUGUUGAAAAGAUUCAUGUACCUUGCCUUUUGCACAUGCACUUG